AUGUAUCCCAUCAGGCAUUGCGGUAACAGCCACAACCAGGCUAACAAAUAUCAUGGCGGACGUUUUAGAUCUUCACGAAGCUGGGGGCGAGGAUUUUCCUAUGGACGAAGAUGGUGAUGAAAGCAUCCACAAGUUGAAAGAGAAGGCCAAGAAAAGGAAAGGACGUGGUUUUGGAUCAGAGGAAGGUGCAAGAUCCAGAGUGAGGGAGGACUACGACACAGUGGAACAGGAUGGAGAUGAGCCUGGUCCCCAAAGAUCUGUAGAGGGUUGGAUCUUGUUUGUGACUGGUGUACACGAAGAAGCGACAGAAGAGGACAUUCACGACAAAUUCGCAGAAUACGGUGAAAUCAAGAACUUGCAUCUGAACUUGGACCGAAGGACAGGUUACCUUAAGGGCUAUGCAUUGGUGGAAUAUGAAACAUACAAAGAAGCCCAGGCGUCCAUGGAAGGGCUGAACGGCCAAGACCUUAUGGGACAACCAAUCAGUGUGGACUGGUGCUUCGUAAGGGGACCUCCAAAGGGCAAGAGAAGGGGAGGCCGACGACGCAGCAGAAGCCCAGACAGAAGACGACGCUGAAGCACCUUGGCAACAGGGGUCACAAGGUCAUGAAAAGGACACCCUAUUGAUUGUUUAAACCUUUUGAUUUUACUGCUUACUACUGGGUGCCCCACCCUUCAGAUAUUAUAAAUACGUGUAGAGUCAAAUUUUGUUCUUUUAACAGCCGAAGUUUGGCUCAUGUGGAUUGCAUACUGUUUGUACAUGUGAAAUCUUAAUGGACAUGAUCAGUGGAUAUGUCCAUAUUCUUCCUAUUUUUGUUUUAAAAAAAAUAUUAAAUCAUUUCCAGUUCAA